AUGUCUACUAAGUUUCAUAAUUUGUCGUCAGAAGGUCGCUUGAACCUGGACCGCAUAUCACUUCGUUGGCGACGAUCAAUUCGCAUUUUACCCGCAAUUCAACACUUCAUUGCAAUGAGCUCGCUACGUAAAUUGAUUCCUUUCGGCAACCGCGUGCUAGUCAAGCGUUUUGAGCCAGUGGCCAAGACGGCCAGUGGCAUUUACUUGCCGGACGCCGAUACGAAGCAACAGAAUGAAGGCGAAGUUGUAGCAGUGGGUCCUGGCGCUCGUGCUUCUGAUGGUACACUCAUUGCGGCUCAGAGUGCUGUUGGUGACAAGGUAUUGUUACCUGAAUACGGUGGCAGCUCUGUAAAACUAGGUGACAAGGAGUUCUUCCUUUUUCGCGAUGAAGAUAUUCUUGGCAAGCUCGAGUAG